UCUUCUCUUCUCUUCUCUUCUAUCCUUACCUUUCACUUACUUUUUUUUUUUAUUACGUUAGGUACCUCUACCUAACCUAACGUUAAUACCGGGGUGUAAUACUUAUCAACCACAUUAUUUAUCCUAUACAAACUUGACUCUUCAUAAUAUUAUCAUAUUGUCAUAUUAUCACUCCUAUUCGAUCUGAAUCUUCUUGGAAACAACUUCGAUCUGGUCAAGCCAUCCUUGACUCAACGUAACUUGACUUGACUUCCCCUUGGAUUCGAAGAGUACCAAGCAGAAACGGGAUGACGCGAUCGCCCUUCCCAUGAAGCUUAUGAAGGGUCCUUGCAACCUCUGGUUGCCGAUUUACUGGAAAUUCACCUUACCGGCAAUCUUACUCAUAACCUCGUUUCUCCUGCUUAAGAAUCUCCGGUCUGCCCAGGACCCUCCAGCUGCGAUCCAAGAUUCUCAUAGAGUUCUUAACACCAGCGAAACUGAUACUGAUCCUCUACCUCUUAGCCAUAGCCAAGAUGCUAAAAACAUCACCAUUAAUCUGGUGGUGGCUACUCUUCGCAGGGACGAUAUCUCAUGGACAGAGAAGAUCAAUUUACCCAACCUUAACGUAAUGCGAUAUGUCACUGAUGAUAUGAUGGCGCCGUAUCACCCGCCAAUACCAAAGAAGGGGCGCGAGGCGAUGAUUUAUCUCACUUAUAUGUAUGACUUUUACGACGAGCUGCCGGACGUCACCAUAUUUACCCACGCCGAUGAGAGUCCGUGGCACGUGGAACGUUCAUUGAACUCGUCCCUAGUAUUCGCCCUGUCGCAUCUAGACUUGAACCAAGUUAUGCAGGCGCAGUACUUCAACCUGCGCGUGUCGUGGGACAACGCAUGUCCGGAUUGGAUUAACACGACGAAUUCCGAAUAUAACGAUGAAAAGCAAGAAGAGAGCUUUAUGCGUCAGGCAUUUAUCGAAAACUUCUCCACGAAUGAUGUCCCCGAGAUUCUGGCUGGUCCGUGCUGUUCUCAGUUUGCGGUAACGAGGGAGGCUGUCCGAAGGCAUCCGAAAACCCAGUAUCAGAGGAAUUUGGCUUGGUUGAUGAAGACCGACUUGUCCGACUUCCUCUCGGGAAGGGUAUGGGAGCAUAUGUGGCAGUACCUGUUCAAGGGCGAGGCGGUGGACUGUCCAAUCGAAUGGAAAUCGUACUGUAGAAUGUACCACAUCUGUUACGACUUAGAGAGCAGAAAGCUGCUCAGCAAGCUAGAAUUAGAGAGGAAGAAUUUGGAAAAAAAGACGGGAGUUUUCGACAGGAUAGGGGAUCUGCUAAGCGGUAUGAAGAACAAAAGACGCUUGAGGGAGAUAGAUGCUAUAAUGGCGGUUGAGCUCAAAAGCGCGCUCCAAAGGGGAAAGAGUGAAGCGAUGCGGACACAGUUGCUCUCGGAUUCUUGGUGAAAAAAGCAAUAUAGGCCACGGUCAGGCAGGUUCGUUACAAGUGAUACCCUAACUUUGCUUUUUAUAGAAAAAAAAAACGUUUUGCAUGAUUUGAUGGCUCAUUAAUAGAGGCAUGUCAAUGCUUACUAGCUGAUGGCACAUUCAAAAUGUAGGUUGAGCUCUUUGACCUAAGAAGCAUUAGAGCAUAUCGG